CAUAGAAUCUAGUGAACUCGAGAGACGCUUUACAGCAGCAACGGCAGUUUAGGACGGCGGGAGGGGUUCAUAGUUUGUUUUGACAUUAAACCGGUAAACAGAAGCUGCUACUUUUCCGCCCCCGGAAAAACUGACGUUUUACUUAGAGACAUUUUUUCUUUUAAAUAAAUGUUGUGUAAUUUUCAGCCCUUGCGUAAAGACCUCCAGCCGGCGAAUUGCAUCAGUUCGCCCGGAGGGUCAUUGCCAGCGACGACACCCUCGUUGCCAUCAGCGUCAACCGUGUAGAAAAUGACCGGAGAGAAGAUCCGCUCCCUUCGGAAGGACCAUAGGCCGAGCAAGGACGAGGACUUACUAGAGCCGGACGAAGAAGCUGCCACUGGGACAUUUACCGUCGCCAAGGCGAACAGCAAGAGCAGAGCAAGUAAAAUCUUCAGCAAUCACAAGUUGGUCAAGUCGCCAUCCACACAGCAGCAUCAACAACAACAGCAACAGAACCAACAAUCGCAGAUAAAUGCUAACACUAACACGCUGUCAUCAUCGGAUGUUAUUGAUGACAACAACAAAAACCCAAUUAUCCGAACCGGGCUGGACUUCCCGGUGCAUGAAUGUGUGUUUAAAGGAGAUGUCCGACGCCUGUCUUCGCUCAUACGGACACAGAAUAUCGCCCAGAAAGACAUCCAUGGAAACACACCGUUACAUCUCGCUGUCAUGAUGGGACACAAAGAGUGUGCUCAUUUGCUUCUGGCCCACAAUGCUCCAGUGAAGGUGAAGAAUGCUCAGGGAUGGAGCCCCCUCGCUGAGGCCAUCAGCUAUGGAGAUCGACAGAUGAUCACUGCAUUGCUGAGAAAAUUGAAGCAACAGUCCAGGGAGAGCGUGGAGGACAAAAGGCCCAAACUACUAAAAGCCCUCAAAGAGCUUGGAGAUUUUUACUUGGAGCUUCACUGGGAUUUCCAGAGUUGGGUGCCUCUGCUGUCCAGAAUCCUGCCGUCAGACGCGUGCAAGAUUUACAAGCAAGGCAUCAACAUCAGACUGGAUACGACCCUGAUAGACUUUACGGAUAUGAAAUGUCAGCGUGGAGACCUCAGUUUCAUCUUCAACGGCAACGCCGUCCCCUCUGAAUCUUUUGUUGUGUUGGACAAUGAACAGAAAGUCUACCAGCGGAUACACCACGAGGAAUCCGAAAUGGAGACCGAGGAGGAAGUGGACAUUCUGAUGAGCAGUGACGUUUAUUCCGCCACACUCUCCACAAAGUCCAUCACCUUCUCCAGAGCGCAGACCGGAUGGCUGUUCAGAGAGGACAAGACGGAGCGUGUGGGAAACUUCCUGGCUGAUUUCUACUCUGUGAACGGACUGGUUCUGGAAUCCAGGAAGAGACGGGAGCAUCUGAGCGAGGAGGAUAUCGUGAGAAAUAAAGCCAUCAUGGAGAGUCUGAGCAAAGGAGGGAACCUCAUCGACCAGAACUUUGAGUCAACAAGAAGGCAAUCCUUAACUCCCCCCUCCCCCAACACUUUAUCCUGGGAAGAAUACAUCAGUGCUGACAACGGAAAAGCUCCUCAUCUCGGAAGAGAGCUGGUCUGCAAAGAGAACAAGAAAAACUUCAAAGCCACGAUCGCGAUGAGUCAAGACUUCCCUCUGGGCAUCGAAUCGUUACUGAAUGUUCUGGAGGUGAUCGCACCCUUCAAGCACUUUAAUAAACUCAGGGAGUUUGUUCAGAUGAAGCUCCCACCUGGUUUUCCAGUUAAACUCGACAUUCCCGUCUUUCCCACCAUUACAGCCACGGUGACAUUUCAGGAGUUUCAUCACGAUGAGUUUGAGGAAUCAAUUUUUACCAUUCCUAAUGACUAUAAAGAAGACCCAAGCCGCUUCCCUGACCUUUAACCUCUAACUUCGGACUUCCGAGAUGCUCCCAUCCACUCAGGGCCCGUUCAGGCCCGGCACUGACGUCUGUCCUGGGUGAUGUGGUCACAAGUGUGCAGCUCUAAAUGUGUAAACGCUCUCAGGACAGAUUGAGGACACGUUUUCACCCACCCUGCUUGGCCUGGCGUGACCUCACACAGACAGAUGUUAUUUCCUGUUGUCUGUUUUGGAUCUGAUUAUACCAGCUGAGGUCUUGUCAGGACAUGUGUGCCGGGUCUGAACUGGGCCUCAGCUUCCGAACACAAACGAUUCAGGAACACAACAACCCACGAGGUGAUCAAGCUUUGAGGUUCUGACUCUCGCCUCCAGAUCUGAUCAAAUGCGGCAGCUGAGGUGGGAAAGUGCAGGUAACCCUGAGAGUCGGAUCAUCUCACCGAUCUAAGGGCAUUGAAGUUCCGAGCGGGCGGGGUCUGAGUAGCAAAAGGAAUCCGGGUCAGUCGAUGCCUUGUAUUUAAGUAUGGAAGUAAUGGUUGGGGCUGUCUUUAUCUGACAUGUAGUCAAGCACUGAUGUUGUGAGGAAUUCUGCUCAGAUUCCUACUUUAGGCUCCACUACUACUAGACCUGUCCAGAUGCAAAAAUCAUCACAAGUCACUUUUAAUUGAGAUUUUAAUUCAACGUUGUGUAAAAUUCCAUUUGAUCUCCGAUUAAAAAGAUUAAUUCAUUCAGUUUCUGAAUAACGUCAAAGGUUUAACCCAAAUGGUGAGUCUGAUUACCUGUUUUUGGGGAGAUUUCCUCUUGUGCACACAGGAUUCUGUGAUUGUAAGUUUCCAUGGUUACAGAGUUGUAUCACUGACUUUUUGGGCACUUUUUUAGAUCCACUACAGCGGCUUCUGUCAGCUGAGUUUACAGACACUCGUUUUGAAAUUUAAAACCUUUAAUUCUGCAUCAGAGCUGUUAGGUUUGACCCAGGUGAGCUCACCCUGCAGAUUUGUGGGGUUUAUGGAAGCCUGUGAGUGGCGAUGAGUCUAAAGUUGUAUAGAUUACAGUUUUUAAACCGUAUAACAAACCAUGUACUGAACAGUGAUCAGAGGAUGUCAUUCAUGCUGUUGACACAUUAAACCAGGCUUUUGCUCCGUAGUUGUUUCAGUUGGGUAUUUUAACCUUUUUUUAAUCCUCUCAACCAAUAAGCUUGAUAUUUCAGCAUAAGGAGCAGUAGUGUUUAAAUGUAGCAUCUUGUGAGUUAAUCUGACAAGUUAUUAGUUUAUAAAUGUUGGUACAUAGUUGUUUUGAUGAGAAUAUUUUUGUUUUGAGCAAUUAACCUUAAACGUCCUUCAGAUAUGUUGAAACAAUCAUUCCAGCUGUAAGAAAAGCACAAAGUACCUGGAGUGUGUUUUUGGUGCUGCUGAUGGAUGACGUUGGUACAAGCUGGUGUCUGCAGGAUGGCUCAGUAGUGUUCCCACCUUUUGUAAAAACCAAAAUUCUGUUUAUAACCUUCUAGAGAGCAGCUAGUGGGAGUGUGCCUCGUCACCAAAUGUAUGCUUUAUCGCUCCUUCCAGCUCUGACUUGACAUGUUUUCUGUAGGGUUUCAUCCAGCUACAUGUCAGUUGUACAACAAAAACUGUUGUAUAGCUCUGCAACACUAUUUUCAUAUAAAAUGUACUAAAAUAAAAAUGCUCAUAUCGAA